GAGAGAGCGUUAAACCCUAAGGAGGAGAACAGACCUCAGUGUUCACAUUUCCUUCGUUUCUACAGCAAAAUUUAGUCUCGGAAGCAGCCAUGAAUCGAGCAAGGAUAAUCCUUGCAUCCCUUAGACUCUCCAAUUCCCUCCUCUUGUCGCGGCUUUUCACAACUCGGCCGCUUUUAACUCAGGUGACUAACUUUUCUCCCCUUACCUCCUAUUUUCUCAUGGAGCAGUCCCAUUCUUUUUGUUAUUUCAAUAGCCAUCAAAAGGUUUACUUCUCGUCAAAACCAAGCUCCCUUAUGGAACUCUUGUUGGCCAAUGAUUGGUCAACUGAGUUGGAGGGCGAGUUACAAAACUCCAACCCCACAUUGACCCAUGAAACAGUUAUUUAUGCUUUGAAGAAGCUAGAUAAAAACCCUGAUAAGGCGUGGGGUUUCUUUAAUUGGGCGUGUGAGAGAAACGGAUUUAAACCCAGUUCGCCGUUGUAUAGCAUAAUGCUUCGAAUAUUGGUGAACAAGGAUUCUAUGAAGAAUUUUUGGAUUACGUUAAGGAAAAUGAAAGAACAAGGGUUUUAUAUUGAUGAGGAAACAUAUUUAACAAUUUCAGCAAGGUUUAAGAAGGAGAAGAUGCGAAGCGAUGUGGUGGCUUUUAAACAUUUUUUUGAUAGGAUGGUUAACGAGAAUGCUAUGGAUAGUGUAGUGAAAAAUGUGGCUACUGUUAUUUCUGAGAAGGAUUGGAGCAAUGAGGUUGAGGAAGAAUUGGGGGGGAUGGGAAUCUUGUUAACAGAUAAUUUUGUGAUUGGGGUACUGAAGGAGCUUAGGAAUUAUCCUCUGAAAGCUUUGCAAUUUUUUCAUUGGGUUGGUAAGUCUGAAGGUUAUGAUAACAACAGUGUUACAUAUAAUGCAAUUAUCAGAGUCCUUGGUAGGCAUGACUCAAUGGGGGAGUUUUGGAGUGUUCUUGAAGAGAUGAAGAAUGCUGGUCAUGAAAUGGAUAUUGUCACUUACAUAAAGAUUUCAAGACAGUUUCAGAAAAACAAGUUGAUGGGGGAUGCAGUGAAGCUUUAUGAAUUUAUGAUGGAUGGCCCAUUUAAGCCCUCAGUUCAAGAUUGCAGUAUUCUUUUGCAGAGCAUCUCAGCAAGCGACAACCCCGAUUUGGAUUUGGUUUCUAGAGUUGCAAACAAAUUUGCAGCAACGGGGAAUUCCCUUUCUAAGGCUGUUUAUGAUGGCAUACAUAGAUCCUUGACAAGUGCAGGGGAGUUUGAUGAAGCAGCAAAAAUUAUGAAGGUUAUGAAAGAUGCAGGAUACGAGCCUGACAACAUCACAUACAGUCAAUUGGUCUUUGGACUCUGCAAGGCAAGAAGAUUGGAAGAGGCAUGUGAGGUUCUUGAUGAAAUGGAAGCACAUGGAUGUAUUCCAGAUACUAAGACUUGGACUAUUUUGAUUCAAGGGCAUUGUUCUGCUGCUGAAAUUGACAAGGCAUUUAUGUGUUUUGCAAAGAUGAUGGAGAAAAACUGUAAUGCUGAUGCUGAUUUGUUGGAUGUGCUAAUAAAUGCUUUUCUCAGUCAAAAGAGGAUAGAUGGUGCUUACACAUUACUUGUAGAGAUGGUAAACAAGGCUUCUUUAAGACCUUGGCAAGCAACGUACAAACUUCUUAUUGAAAAGCUUCUAGAAGAGAGGAAACUUGAAGAAGCACUGAACCUUCUUCGUUUAAUGAAGCAACACAACCACCCUCCUUUUCCUGAGCCAUUUGUUCUGUAUAUCUCCAAGUUUGGGACUGUGGCGGAUGUUGCAGAUUUCUUCAAGGCAUUGAGUGUAAAGGAAAAUCCAUCAACUUCAGCUUACCUUCAUGUCUUUCAAUCAUUCUUCAAGGAAGGUAGACAUUCUGAGGCCAAAGAUCUGCUAUACAAGUGUCCUCAUCGUAUUCGCAAACAUCCUAAGAUUUGUGAACUUUUUGGUUCUGCAAAAAGCGUAGAAACCACUGCUUGAACAUAAUUUUCUAUUAUUUUCUUUUACUUGAAGGAUUGGUUCAUUUUCCAAUCUUCUCUUGUACCAAGUUGGCCAAGUGCUAUCCUAGAAAUUAGUUAACUUCUAUGUAUCAGGAAUUUCUAUUGGAAAUUUGCUUUCACGUAUGCAUCUAGCAUCGGCCAAAUCUGCCUGGCAUAAUUCCGGUUUCAUUUUUUUAA